UAGUCCAUCUCACCACCUCUUGAGUCUUGACACUACUUACCUUAGCCUGACCCAAGCAUUCCCAAGUCUGGUACCCAGCUUCCUGCCCAUCCCCACAAUCCGCAAGGCUUUUCUGCUGCCUUCACCCCCUUCUCUCUUCGAUCGGAGGCACCAGAAGUGGUUGGUGCUGUCAACAACGGUGCCCGUUGCCGGAAAAAUCAAGAACGCCAAUGGAGUUGAACCUUGCCAGCCCCGCCACUCGCGAGAUCCGACGUUUUCUCUACUCUGCGGUUCAAGAUGAUUGGGAAUAUCCUCCGAAAGUCGCCGAUCCGUCACAUCCAUCGGAUACGAAUAUAUCGUCCGAACCUCUUCCUACAAAUAAUGUAAUCCCCGGAGAAGGCCCGGGGUCAACUUCACCCCCGCUUGCCGAGACCUUCCCACAUUCAACCGGCUCGGAAGCCAUAGAGGAGCGCGUACCUCUGGCAUACAUGGAGAGAUUCUAUGGAAGUUCCGAUGAGACGGAUUCCGGGAGUGAGAGGUCUACCACCGGCGCGAAGUCCGAUACGCAGGGUAUCCGAGUGAUUCAGAAACUAUCCCGCCGAAGCAAGCACAAGACCGCCAAAGAAAAGAAGGACGCGUUUAAAUUUGACUCCCCAGACAGCAUCGGGGCGCAGAUUCAGGCCCGACAAAAGCAACGGAAACGGAAGCGGGAGCGCGAAUGGCAUGAGGAAUGCGAAUGGAAUGAGGGAUUGGACCUCUGGGCGAAGCGGAGGGAUGCGUGGACCGGCGCGGUGGUUCGGCCGGGACCACCCAAAGAGGUCUCGACGAAAUCCCCUGAGGUCACUGUCAAUGGGAAUAUCAUCCAGAGCCCCAGUGGCGCCGAAGACGAGCAAAUGUCCGAUCAAGACGUCGCGGAACUAAUCCAGCGGCUUCACAGCAGCUCGGACGGCCUCACCGACACCUCCCCACUCUCCCCCCAAUCCACCAGCGCAGCAACUGACCCCGACGACCCGCCGACCCUACUCCCCGUCCUCUAUCUCAUUCCUCCCACCUUUUCCCCCCGCCAAUUCAUCGCCCCCGACUCCCUCCUCCCCAUCUACCGCGCCCUCGUCACCAAUGCCCGCACCCCCUCCCUCCCCCUCCCCCUCCCCACCGUUAUCUCCGCCUGCGUCGCCGGCUGGACCGACGCCGGCGAAUGGCCCCCCGGCGCCACCAAACCCCCCGUGACCGCCUCCUCCAUCCGCGGCAGCCUCAACCUCCACAUCCCCGUCAGCCCCACCCCGCUCAGCCCCGGCUUCGCCCACCGCGGCCCCUCCAGCUCCAUCGGCGGCCUCGGCGCCCGCCCCGUCCCCGAUGGGUUCUUCGGCAGCGCGAAGUCCGGACCGGCGAACAACCGCAUGGCGGAGAUCUGGCGGCAGAAGGAAGCGCAGCGGAAGGAGCCGGAGCGGCCGAAGGAGCGGAGGAGGCGGAGGAGUUCCCUGGCGCGGCUGAUUGGGAUUCCACAUGAUUCACCCACGGCCGUGGCCGCGGCACCGGAGAUGCCGGUGGCGCCGAGCCAGUCGCCGCCGGGGCCAAGUCCAUUGUCGCCGCAUUGGGUGUCGAGACGGGGGUCGGCGGCGAAUUUUUUGGGUCCGGGGGAAGGGAAAGAGGUGAAUGGGAAGGAGGCGGAGGAGAGGCGGGUUGGGCAUCAGUCGCCGAUGCGGAAGGGGGUGGAUAGCGUUAAGAAGGUGCUGCGGAUUAACACGGGGGGCUCGCCGGGUGGGAUGGCGGGGGAGGGGUCUCCGGGUAGUUGAAUGGACGCAUCCUCGAAAGGAGCGUAGGGGAAAUGGCAGCGGAACUCUUAUGGCGUUCUAGCUGGUGGCGGACGACCGAAUCAACACCCUCACGAGUGACACCAGCACAUCAGAUAGAAUUCUCUGAAUUAUGAUGGGGCAGCUCCCACUAGUUGAGAAGCCGCCAUGCAUGAAGCUGAAUCAUCAGCAGAUUAACACAAACUACUCCUACAAACGCCUUAAAUGUGAUGCCAGAUAUCGACAUGAGAGUCUGAAGGGAAGGGAUUAG